AGUCACCGAUUCAGAAAUUGUUAUUUGUUAGCAGUUAGAAAAGCCCAAGGGAAGAAAGAGCCGCAGAAAACAGAGACACAAAGCAAACCAAAACGGAGAGAGGUAGAUGGAGAUUAGAUUAUAUGAUACAUAGGCCCAUAAAAAGAAAAAGAUCGGAUUCUGAGUUGUGACUUUGCAUCUGUAAAACUCAAAAGAAAUUUGUUUUCCAUUUUUCUGUUAGCAAGCUCUCAUUCGGGUCGAGUCGGGUAAUCGGAUCCGAUCGGCGCUGUGAUCGGAUCAUCGAUUUGACGCUUGUUUGGGAGAGAGGCAUUUUCAUUGCCAAUGGGAAUGCCCAAUCCCAACAACAUUCUUCCCAGUCCUCCUCGUCACCUCGCACCAUGAGCAAAGCCCUGGGAGGAACAACAGAAGACGAAGACGAAGAAGAACAACAACUACUAGAACAAGACCAAGAUUGUUUCUACGACUCACACGACCGUUUACUCUCUCUCUCUUCUUCAUGCUCCUGCUCCAACUCCAACUCCGACAACGAAAACGACGCCGAAGAACACCAAAACGACACCCUCCCCAAUUUCACCAACUACGACAUAUGGAUCUCCCAACCCUCCUCCGUUUCAGAACGCCGCACGCGCCUUUUACUUUCUCUUGGACUCUCUUCCCUCACGCGCCCAAUCCCUCGCGAUCGCGCGUCCCCUCUCCGUUUCAUAUCCGACACCACCACCACAAACCCUAACAAGCCACCAAAUCCUAAACCCCCCCCACCGCCUCCGCCGCCGCCACCACCACCACCACCACCACCACCAUCACCACCAAUAGAAGAGCUCUGCACGAUUCGAGAUCUCGAUAACGGGAAAGAGUUCGUCGUGAACGAAUUGGAGAAUCUGCGCGAGGUUGCUACGGGGCGGCAAUUGACGAUGGAAGAAUUCGAAAUGACGGUGGGGCAUUCCCCCAUCGUUCAGGAACUGAUGCGGCGGCAGAAUGUUGAAGAGGCGAACGUUGAUUCCAAUGCGGGUGGUUCCAAAGCGAAGAAGAAGGGGACCGGGUGGUUGAAGAGUAUCAAGAGUGUAGCGAGUUCGGUGGCGGGGUAUAGGGAUCGCCGGAGUAGCGACGAGAGGGACACGUCGUCGGAGAAGGGCGGGAGGCGGUCGAGCUCCGCCACCGACGACAGCCAGGAGGGCAGUGGUGGCGCGUUUCACGGGUCGGAGAGGGUGAGAGUGAAGCAAUAUGGGAAGAGUUGUAAGGAGGUGACUGCUUUGUAUAAGAGUCAGGAGAUUCGGGGGCAUAGUGGGAGCAUUUGGAGCAUUAAGUUUAGUUUGGAUGGGAAGUAUUUGGCGAGUGCCGGGGAGGAUUGUGUGAUUCAUGUGUGGCAGGUGGUGGAGGGGGAGAGGAAGGGGGAGUUGUUGUUGUUGGAUAGGGAGAAGGGUGAAGAUGGGAAUGUGAAUAUGUUUUUGGUGGUGAAUGGGUCGCCGGAGCCAAUGGCGGGGGCGGCGGGGUUGCUGUCGCCGCUGGGGGAUGGGGAGAGGAAAAGGAAGGGGAGGUCGAGUGUGAGUAGGAAGUCCUUGAGCUUGGACCAGUUUGUGGUGCCACAGACCGUGUUUGCGCUUACUGACAAACCAGUUUGCUCCUUCCUGGGACAUCUCCAUGAUGUGCUUGACCUCUCAUGGUCUAAAACUCAGCACUUGCUCUCAUCUUCAAUGGACAAAACUGUGCGGCUGUGGCAUCUAUCCAGCAAGUCUUGUUUGAAAAUAUUUUCACACAGUGACUAUGUAACUUGCAUCCAGUUUAAUCCUGUUGAUGAUAGAUACUUCAUUAGUGGAUCUCUGGAUGCUAAGGUUCGCAUAUGGAGCAUUCCUGAUCGACAAGUUGUUGAUUGGACCGAUCUACAUGAGAUGGUCACUGCUGCUUGUUAUACACCUGAUGGUCAGGGUGCACUGGUUGGUUCAUACAAGGGUAGCUGCCAUUUAUAUAAUACAUCUGAAAAUAAGUUGCAACAGAAAAGUAAGAUCAAUCUGCAGAACAAGAAAAAGAAAUCACAUCACAAGAAAAUUACUGGUUUCCAGUUUGCCCCAGGAAGUUCAUCAGAAGUACUUAUCACAUCUGCUGACUCACGAAUUCGGGUGGUUGAUGGGGUUGAUCUAGUUCAUAAGUUUAAAGGCUUUCGGAAUGCCACUAGCCCAAUUUCAGCAUCCCUCACGGCAAAUGGUAAAUAUGUUGUCGCGGCUAGUGAGGACUCCCAUGUAUACAUCUGGAAAAACGAAGCUGAUUGCAGGCCUAACAGAACUAAAGGUGUCACUGUCACACGAUCAUAUGAACAUUUUCACUGUAAAGAUGUGUCAGUGGCCAUUCCCUGGCCUGGUGUGGGUGAUGCAUGGGACAUGCAUGAUACGCUAUCCGGAGAACAACCCGAGCUUGAUAACCAUGCUGAUGAAGUCGCAUCAGCCAACCAUCCUCCUACCCCUGUAGAGGAGAACUUUGUUACUGAGGGUUCAAGAUCUGCAUCAGGUUACAGCAACAGUCCACGCCAUGCAACCAUUGCAAGUGCAACAAAUACUUACUUUUUUGAUAGAAUUUCUGCAACAUGGCCAGAGGAAAAACUUCUUCUGGCUACUAGAAACCAAAGCCCUCGUGUCAGCAUGGAUUUCUCUAACGGGGUAAGUCAAAAAAUGUCAGCCUGGGGUAUGGUGAUCGUAACUGCCGGCCUCCGAGGGGAAAUAAGAACUUUCCAAAAUUUUGGAUUACCACUUCGGAUAUAGAGGUGUGAUAGAAUAUGCAUGCUUGUGAGCAUGGCGGAGAAUGAGUUGAUGAUAUAUCAGCUCAGAAGGCAGAGUUCACCUUCUCUAUUAGUUUGGUGAAAACCUGUACAGAAAAGUGGGGUGAGAUUUGUAAUAUUAGCGGGGUUCCAUUUAUUUUCUUGUUCUUGUGCGUUGGAUGAAGAUAAGUUGCCUUUCCAUCCAGGCACUGGGGGGAUAAAGGGGUAAACAUUGUCAAACAAAAACCAAAAAAAGAAAAAAAAAUUUACACCAGGAAUUUAGAAACCGAUGGAUGUAAUCAGCAAUUGUAGAGUAACGCGAGCAUGGGAAAAUCUUAUUGAAAUUAGAAAUGAUGAUUCUUUUACACUUAUUUGUCUUUGAGAUUUGUCAUGGAAUACAAUUUAUUGUCCAAAGUGAAUCAAAUUCAAUAAA